UGUCAUAUGUCGAAACCUUGUCGUGGACACAAAAAAAAAAUGUCAACAUAUCGCAUAAAAUCAAAUUGAUUGCACUUGUCAAUCCGUGAGAGAACCUUGUUAGUUCUCCUCUAUUUAGUGGUAUAGUCGGGGUUCAGAUUCACCGACGUCGCUCGUUAUACUGCUGACAGCCUGACCCAGCCUGACUGAUCUAUUCCUGUAGUAGCUUCUGUCAGUGAAAUUGUGGAAGCAGCCGGAACUCACAAUCUGAGGUAUCAGAGAAGACAAACCAUGGCUCUCGCGACUCUUACAAGAUUUGGAUUCUUGUUUCUGGUUUUCUGCAGCGCAUAUUCAAUGACGGCUCAAAAGACCGUUUGCAACCAUCAAUCAUAUCCUCCACCUGAUAAAGAUAAAGUUGAUACAGUUGUAAUUGAUCUUGAUCUGGAACCAGAAGAGAGAUGGAAAGAUAUAACUCUGAAGAAAAAACCAGAAAUUCUUGCCUUGGCAAAAGAAAUUAAGAACUUUACAAGUUUUAUUUUCGAUGGAAAGCUGUUCGAUUAUGUCGACAAAUUUUUGCCCAUACUUAUGCGUUCGUUACCCGAUCCCUAUGGUCGUGAAAUCAAGGGCAUUUCGUCUGCGACCGGUAUCCCAUUAGGAGAAAUUCUCCUUUUCAACAUUUUCUACGAGUUAACAGUCGCCUGCACUUCUAUUAUUGCCGAAACUCCGUCAGGGAAAUUGUUCCAUGCUCGUAAUCUUGAUUUUGGCCUGUUUGAUGGGUGGGAUGUUCGAACCAACACAUGGGCCAUGGCGGAAGCAUUACGUCCUCUUGUACUUAAUUUCGACUUUCAACGAAAAGGAAAGACCGUUUAUAUCACAACUGGAUUUCCAGGAUUUGUUGGAGCGUUCACUGGAUUUAGGCCAGGAGAGAUUACCAUUACAAUGAACUCGCGGUUCUCAACAGCCGGAGGAAAGAUUGGUUUGUUGGAGUGGAUCAUGGGAGAGCGGGAUUCGCACUGGACAACUUUCCUGGUUAGAAAUGUUCUUGAUAGUGGCGUUGGCUUUGAUGAUGCAGAAAAGUUGCUUUCAAAUACCAAAACGUUAGCACCUUGUUAUUAUCUUCUUGGCGGCAACAGUUCGGGGCAGGGAAUGAUUAUUUCACGUUCUCGAACGAAGUCAUUAUACCCCUUGAGCAUGGACCAGGGUAAAAGUGGAUGGUAUCUAUUACAAACUAAUUAUGAUCACUGGAAAAAUCCGUUGAUUAUCGAUGAUCGGCGUACACCUGGGAACGAGUGCAUGGAGGAAAUGACCCAAACGAACGUUGGCUUUAAAGGAAUUUUCAAUGUUUUAUCAACUAUUCCUGUAUUAAACAAGUUGACGAGUUAUACUGCUAUUAUGCAUGUGAGCACGGGUGAAGUGAGGACUUAUCGAAGAUAUUGUCGUGAUCCUUGCUUUCCUUGGUGAAUAAGAUUAGACUUGACAAAUUUAUCAUGUUAAUUGGGUAGAUUUGGGCUUAUUGGGCUGUAUAUUGAAUUGUCUUACACUAGAAAAAAAGCAUAUUCAAACUAUAUACAUAGAUACUAGGAAUAACUAAUUGAUUAUUUGCCUCAAAAUGCUAAUAAAUGGUUGCUAUAUCACUUAAUAAAGAGCAUCU